AUGUCUCCUGACCCACGUCACCAGCCUGACAGCCUUGCACCAAAUCAGAGGGCGGCGCUCGUCACCGGGAGCUCCUGCAGAUUAGAACUCGCCUCUCCUAGCUCCUCCCCUCAGUCCCAUUUAAAGCUACCACCCGCUUAUCCGAAAAUUGAGUGGGCUCAGUUUCCUCAGCGCCUUCUUCCAGGGCAAGAUGCCUCUCUCAUCCUUUUGUUCUUUAUUUCUAUUCGGAACUGUCUCCCAACUUUUCCUCUACACCUGCACUCACUUUUCAUUCCACCUCUUCCUCUCGAUUAUGCACAUAUUUGCAAACACUUGAACUUGAGGCUAGGGAACACCGUUCUGCCUUGCCAAGACCAGUACUUUGUAGGAGGUCAGAGCUAUAAUUGUCCGUAUUCCACUACAACGUCAGAAUCUAGUGUUGACGUUUCCACGGAGACUUGGGUCUCUUUCUGGGCUGCUGGUUUCCUGGACAACAGAGAGCCCCAACAGGCACCACAGGCACAGGAACCAUCAGGUGACUCGAAUUUCCCUGUUCCUAAUUUGUGUUCAUGGGAAGAGGCUCAGCUUUCCUCUCAGCUCUACAGGAAUAAGCAGCUCCAAGAUACUCUGGUACAGAAGGAAGAAGAACUUGCUAGGUUACAUGAAGAGAAUAAUCAUCUCAGACAAUAUCUGAAUUCUGCUCUAGUUAAAUGUCUUGAGGAAAAAGCGAAGAAAUUGCUGUCAUCAGAUGAGUUCUCCAAAGCAUGUAGAAAAUUCAGAAAGGGGAAGAGAAAACCCAAAGAGCAAAGAUAUUUUCCUCCUGAGAUUCCCCAUCAUAAAAAUGCCAAGAGAAGCCUUGCUAGUGAAUUUGCUAACUGUGGACAAAAUGGACCCCCUGUGGAUCCCUGGGUUCUUCAGACACUGGGGUUAAAAGACCUCAACACUAUUGAUGACACCUCAUCAGCUAACUACAGUGCCCUCUCGUCUCAUGCCAGACAGACCACUAGCACAUUUCCCCAGUUUCUGGAUGAGGCAAUUGAUUAUCCCAGUGUCCCUGGGGAAGAUCUGCCAGUUGACUAUGGAGGUGAUAGAACUACUCCCUUGCAAGGCACUGCCAGCCACAGUGAAGAUUUUCACUUCCUUUCUCAGCUUUCAAAUCCUCCAGAAGGACUACAAACUCUUCCUUACUAUACUUCUGAUGUGUCACCCAAUAAGACAGAGAUGGCCUUUUCCACAUCCUUGAGCCCUCACUGUAAUGUGAAGACUCACUCCUUCCACCAGGGACAAGCCUUUGUUCGUCGAGAUGAAGAGGGAGGCUGGAAGUUUACCUGGGUCCCUAAGCAGUCUUAG